GAAGUACCGGUAUAAAGUUAACUAUCAAAUUUGGAGAAAUUAUUAAAGAAUCAGAUGAUCAAAAGGAAUAUGAUCACACUAAAUUAACAUUACGACAUUCCUAUAAAGAAGCAAACUACGACACAACUAUUAAUCUCAAGCAAGUAACUUAUAACAAAUUUAACGAUAAAUUUUUUGCCAAAGAAGGAACUGUUGAAUAUCUCAUUACCAGAGACAAUAAUGAGAUAAAAAAAGAAUGCCACAAAAUGGAAAACCUUACUAUAGAAUUUACUAAAACUUUUACAAUAUUGAAACCCUUAUAG